UCGUUCCACGGUUUGUCGCUGUCACUCGUAACGAUCGAGUCGACGAUAGUUGGCCGUCGUUCGCGAAGAUGUCGCGAUAUACCCCACUCGGAGAAAGUGCCGACGUUUGUCCUAUCUUUUGAAAUUUAUUAUCAGUCGAUCUCCGCGUUUUGUGCGUCGUGCGUGGACACACACCGGCGACUCUACGACUCCGAACGGCUUGGUUGCAGGCCUCGCCGAGGGAUGUCCGACGAGGAGAAGGAGGAGGAUGAGAAGCCGUUCGCGGUGGAGCGGGCGAAAAGCGGCCGCGCGAAGUGCAAGAAGUGCAAGUGCCCGAUCGAGAAGGACGCGAUCAGGAUCGCGAAACUGAUGUCGAACCCAUUCGGGGACGGCAAGAUGAAGGCCUGGCACCACGUCGCGUGUCUGUUCGAGGUUUUCGCGAAGCAGAGGGCUACCACGAAGCGGAUAGACGACCCGGAGGAGGACAUCGGCGGCUGGGAGGAUAUCUGCGACGAGGACAAGCAACUGAUCCGCGAGAAGCUCGAGGAAUUCGAGGCUUCGGCGCCGUUCAAAACGCCGAAAGCGAAGAAGAAGGACGAUUCUCCGAAAAAGCGCAAGGCGAUAACGCCGGUUAAGAACGCCGAUAAGGAACCGAAGAAGGCAAAGAGAAGCAGUUCUGCGUCCUCCAGCGAGGAUCAACCCGGAGGAUCUAGAUCGAAGAAGAAUCAUCCACCGGUUCGCAGCAGGGACGAUUCCUUCGAGGAGUUCCAGAGCGUGUGCGAGCGUAUAGCGAGGGUGGAUGCUUACACCGACAAAACCGCGAUUGUGAGGAAGCUGUUCGCGAAAGGAUCCGAUGGCGACGGUUUCAAGGGCGACACGGUGCUCUGGUGCAGGAUGCUGCUCCCGGGCGUGGAGAAGAAGAUCUACAAUCUGCAGAGCAAGCAGCUGGUCAAGCUGUUCUCCAGGAUACUGCUGCAGGACGAGGACGAGAUGCUGGAGCACCUGGCGCAGGGCGACGUCGCCGAGACGAUUCGAUCGUUCUUCGAGAACAGCGUCGCCUCGAAGCCUGCUGGCAAGAGCGUGCUCACUCUGCAGGAGGUCGACCAGUUCCUCGCGAAGCUGUCUACCUUGACCAAGGAGAACGAGCAGACCCAGCACUUCCGGUCGGUCCUGCCCAGGUGCACCUCCAACGACUUGAAGACGAUCGUCCGGCUGAUCAAGCACGACCUGAGGAUCAACACCGGCCCGAAGCACAUCUUGGCGGCGGUGCACGGCGACGCGUACGCGGCCUUCCAGACCUCGAACGACCUUGUCAGCGUCGUCGAGCGGUGUCUGGAGUCCACCGCGAGACCCGGUGCACAAGCUGCAACUUCUUCAGGGUCCCCUUCCGGCAGCAGGGUCGCUGCUCUGGCCUUGAUGACGCCCGUUCUCCCGAUGCUGGCGGAAGCUUGCAAGUCCGUGGAGAUGGCGAUGAAGAAGUGUCCCGACGGCAUGCUGUCCGAGGUGAAGUACGACGGGGAGCGCGUCCAGGUGCACAAGAGGGGCACCGAGUUCCGCUACUUCAGCAGGUCGUUGAAGCCCGUGCUGCCUCACAAGGUGAACCUCUUCAAGGAGUACAUUCCCAAAGCGUUCCCGGACGGCGACGACCUGAUCCUGGACUCGGAGAUCCUCGUGAUAGACACGAAGACCGGCCAGCCGUUGCCUUUCGGCACCCUGGGCAUCCACAAGAAAACGGAGUUCAAGGACGCGAACGUCUGCCUCUUCGUGUUCGACUGCAUCUACUACAACGGCGAGGUCCUGUUGCACAAGAGCAUGAUGGAGCGCAGGCAGAUCCUGACGAAGCGGAUGACGGUGAUACCUAACAGGAUCAUGCUCUCGGAAGUUCAGGAAGUGCACGAGCCGCGAGAGCUCGCCCAGAUGAUCGCCAAGGUCCUCAAGAUGGGCCUCGAGGGAUUGGUCCUGAAGGAUGUUACCGGCAAGUACGAACCUGGCAAGAGACACUGGCUGAAGGUAAAGAAGGACUACUUGUUCGGGGGUGCGAUGGCUGAUACCGCAGAUCUCGUCGUUCUCGGCGCUUGGUACGGCACUGGAAACAAGGGUGGAAUGAAGUCGGUGUUCCUGAUGGGCUGCUACGACGAGGAUCACGACCAGUGGCUGACAGUGACCAAAGUACACACGGGCCACGACGACGCAACGCUGGUUCUGCUGCAGGACGAGCUUGACAUGAUCAAAAUCGGCAAAGACCCCGACAAACUGCCUAGCUGGCUGCGAGCGAAAAAGCCGAUGAUUCCGGACUUCGUGGCGAGGGAUCCGAAGAAGCAACCGGUGUGGGAGAUCACCGGCGCGGAGUUCACGAACCAAGGUGUACACACCGCGGACGGGAUCAGCAUCAGGUUCCCGAGGGUGACGCGGAUCCGCGACGACAAGGACUGGUCCACUGCCACCAAUCUGGCCGAGCUUCGGGAUCUAUUCUCCAAACGAUCCGACUCGAUAGAUCUGAGUCGACUCCUGCCGGCUGAUUCCAAGGACGAAGGGGACCAGCCGGACCUCUCCACAACUCCGGAGAAGAAGAUCGACGUGAUGCCAGCGUCUUCCAGGAAGCGCAAGAGCGACUCGAACAAAGAGCAGAAGGUGCGCAGAAAUUCGAACGGUAAAGCAGGCGGCGUGAAAAUUAAGGAAGAACCGGUGGAUGUGAAAAUUAAGAUAGAACCGGUGGAUGUGAAAAUUAAGAUAGAACCAGCGGAUGUGAAAAUUAAGAUAGAACCAGCGGAUGUGAAAGUUAAGGACGAACCAACGGAUGCGAGCAUUGAAGAAGAACCAAGGAGCAGUUUCGAGGAUGAGCGGCCGGAGUUCUACGCGUUCAUAGACAAGGAUUAUAUAGAGUACUCUGCAGCUGGAAUGCCCAUGAAUUGGAUAGACGGUCGAAAACCAUUGGACGGUCUCCCAGCAGAUGCGAAGCCGUUGUCCAGUCUCUUGGCCGACGAAUUGGAGUCGAGAACGAUCCUGGGCGCAGCUGCCGUGGUCCUGGCGCCAGGAUUCAAGCGGAAGCAGCACAAGCGGGUCCUCAGAAUGCUGAAAACGCUCGGAGCCAGGACGUUGACGGACCAGGAGCGAUCGAUGGCCACGCACGUGAUCCACGUCGGCCCCGAGAUCCUCUCGUCGACGAUCCAUGAGUUCGAGGGCGUGCCGAGGACGGCCAGACACGUGACCGUCGGCUGGCUGGACGCGUCCGCCUCUGCUUCCCACGUUCAGGACACGGAAGAGCACGCCGUCCAAUUGGCGGCGGACUACUGCGACUGUCCCUGCGGGCACCGAUGACCGGAAACCAUCCACAGAGCUCUGGAAAUCACGAACGCUUCCCCGCAGCGAGAUCCGUUCUCCCGGAAAAAUCGCAUCUUCUGACCGGACAAUUUUUUUCCCCCCUUUUUCUCGGAGAUCGGAAUUUUUACAUUCUCGGCAGUUUUACAUUUUCGACUGUGAAAUUGUUAAAAUUAUCGCGACAGACUGUUUCGUAGGGACGAAAACAAAUUGCCGACAUGUCUAAGUAAAUCGAAGGCGAGUCGGUUUUAGGAUUAGCGUCGAGAUUCUGUGCACGUUUCGAGAGAAAUAUGUUUCAAAAGUAUUAGACGGAUGAAACGUUUUACCCAAAUAUUUUUAUAAAAGCACACGAGAACCCCGUGCCGAGUUUUCGAUGCUUGCGACUUCGAAUUUUUACUUUUAUUCUGUUACUUCACGCUGUCCGUUAUCGGACAAAAUUAUGUUUUUCAAGUGGAACAUUUACGCACGAGAAAUAUCGAUUUUAUAGUAUAUAUCUGGUGUUUACAUAAAUAAAUACGUGGAACGGAA